UUUAAAUGUUAUUAUUUCAUAUUUUGAAUGCCUUUUGAGGAUAUCAGCGGCUGGCUCCUGCUCGCACUUUUGCUCACAGUAAUCACCUGGCGAGUACUUCUGGCGCUUCCCUGGUGUCCAUACUACAGGCGCUACAACCAGUUAUUCCCACAAAGUCGCGCUGUGCACAAUUGGACCUUGGAAUGGGAAGACGAAGAGCUACAUCUAUCUUUAACUACUGUCACAAACAUGAUUAACUAACAUUAGU